AUGGCCGAUGAGAAGUUAGUGAAGCAGCCGGUGAAGUUCAGCAACUUGCUGGUCGGCGCCGGUUUGAAUAUGUUUGAGGUCACGACAUUGGGUCAGCCCCUCGAAGUGACCAAGACCACCAUGGCCGCCAACCGCUCCGACGGCUUCGGCGGCGCCAUCUCCCGCAUCUGGGGCCGCGGCGGUCCCCUAGGCUUCUACCAAGGCCUCAUCCCCUGGGCCUGGAUCGAAGCCUCCACCAAAGGUGCGGUGCUCCUCUUCGUUGCCUCGGAGGCCGAAUUCUACGCCCGCUACGCCGGCGCCUCGCCCUUCGUCGGCGGCAUCACCGGCGGCAUGGUCGGCGGCCUUGCGCAAGCGUACGCCACCAUGGGCUUCUGCACGUGCAUGAAGACCGUCGAGAUCACCAAGAUCAAGGCCGCGUCGUCCGGUGCGCGCGUGCCCGGCACCUUCGAGACCUUCAUGGGCAUCUACCGUGCCGAGGGUAUCCGCGGGAUCAACAAGGGCGUCAACGCGGUGGCGAUCCGGCAGGUGACAAACUGGGGGAGCCGAUUCGGGCUAUCGCGCGUCGCGGAGGAUGGGAUCCGCUCGUUCACAGGCAAGAAGGCGUCGGAGAAGCUCAGCGUGCCGGAGAAGGUCCUCGCGAGCGCGCUGGGUGGAGGGUUGUCCGCGUGGAAUCAGCCGAUCGAGGUGAUCCGCGUGGAGAUGCAGAGCAAGACGGAGGAUGCGAACCGGCCGAAGAAGCUGACGGUGGGGACGGCGGCGAAGUAUAUUUACUCGCAGAACGGGUUGAAGGGGCUGUAUCGUGGGGUCUCGCCACGGAUUGCAUUGGGCGUGUGGCAGACCAUCUGCAUGGUGGCGUUGGGCGAUGUCGCGAAAGAUGCCGUUGAGAAAUUGACUGGCGACCCUGUCACUGCGAAGCACUAG